AUGGGCGAUCUGGUGCAAAAGCGAGUUGGGAUAGCGUCGGGCGUCCUGUGGCAAAAUGAACAGCUGGAAUCCAGCAGCUCGGUGCGCAGUUUUGUUGUGCUUGUGAACUGGCAUUUGCGCAUUAAUAUAGAUUUAUUGCUCUGGGAUGAGUACGGCCCAACCCAGGUGGGCCGAACUUGCCAGUGGCACCUUGCGCAGGCAAGUGACGCAGUUCUUUCUUGCAAAGGACAACAGGACUCGGUGUGCGGGAGCCUGAACGUUACAAAUGUAUCACGGGCACCCAAAUCAAUGGAGUGCACACCCGAGAGUCAUGCACAUCGCCCGCCUUGA